CGGUCGUGGGCCGGGUUAACAACGUCCGCCACCGGCGCCGUUGGAAAUUCAGCUACUGUGGGUCGAAGUCGAAGAAGAAGAAGAGGUGGCAAGCGGGUUCUUCGGCAGAAAGAGAAGAGGAAAGCACAGAGGCUAGAACUGAAUGUGGGGACUUUGAAUGUUGGGACUAUGACAAUGGAAAGGCAGUUGGUCCUGAUGACAUUCCUGUGGAGACAUGUCAUUUUUUAGUAGUGAUCCCAACUUCUGUCCCGAGUGUGGGAAUGCUCUUCCUCUACCAGGGAUGGAAGACAUUAUCCGCUGUCCCCGCUGCAAAUUUGCCACUUCUAUAUCAGAGUUUUCAGGCCGGGAAAUUCGCUCGACAGUCGUCUUUAAUCCAGUGAACAAGUCUACUGUGGUUCUGGACGGCAGUGACGACUCUGACAUGAAGGGUCCUGUGAUCGACAGACGCUGCUCUCGCUGCAAUAAAGAAGGCAUGCUUUAUCACACCAGGCAGAUGAGAUCUGCAGAUGAAGGCCAGACUGUCUUUUUCACUUGCAUGCAUUGCAGGUAUCAAGAGAAGGAGGACUCCUGAGCGGAUUUCCAUGUGGCUGCUCUGCUUUUUUUUUUUUUUUUUUUUUUCUUCUUUAACCCCAUUGGGUCCUCAUCUUUUUUUAAUUUAGGCUUAUCCCGUUAGGUGUCGCCACAGCGCAUCAUCCUUUUCCAUGUAAGCCUAUCUUCUGCAUUCUCGUCUGUAACACCAACUGCCCCUCUCGUUUCCUCACGACAUCGAUCAACCUUCCUUCCUCGACCUCUUUCCUGGCAGCCCCAUCGUAAAAAUGUAAAAUACGAGAUUGAAUUUAAGAACCAACACCUCUUGGCCCCCCAUCAAGUCUCUGCAUUGUUGAACAAUUCAAUUGUAUUUCUCACUCAUCCAUUUAAAAAGAAAAUGUCAUCUGAAGAUCUUUGUACAAGCCAUUUUCACACUUCUUAAGACCUUUUCUAUCAGCCUUUUUCAUUUCUAGACUAACUCUUCUCAAUGUAUGGUUUGAUUUGAAAUAUCUGUUCAACAAAAAAUGUUUCUUUUAUAGAUGUA